AUGACCAUGACGCCAUCGAAAUUACGUCAUGCAAGAUGGUUUUCAGAAAAAACAGAUAUAAAGAAAAAGAGAAAUGGAACCGAAGCUAAUUUUAGCUUUGUACAGUUUAUGGCAUUGCGCAAAGUGCGCAGUAAUUUAGAUCGUUUCUUCGACAAGACAUUAACAGACUUAAUUCGUGGAAUUCGCAAUAACAAAGACAAUGAGGCUCGAUACAUCGCAGCUUGCAUUGAUGAAAUCAAAAUGGAACUUCGACAGGACUCAGUCUUUGUCAAGGCAAAUGCAGUCGAGAAGCUGGCAUACUUGCAAUUAAUGGGAUAUGAUAUAUCUUGGGCAGCAUUCAACAUCAUUGAAGUAAUGGCAUCGACAAAAUUUAGCGAAAAACGGAUCGGCUACUUGACAGCUUCGCAAUGUUUUCACGAUGGCACAGAUGUAUUGAUGUUGACGACGAAUUUAAUACGUAAAGACUUGCGCAGUACGAUGAUGUAUGAGACGGGUAUGGCACUUGGAGCAUUUUCAUGCUUCGUCACUCUUGAUUUGGCUCGAGAUCUUGCCACUGAUGUCGUUAAUCUUCUUUCGUCUAGUCGCCCAUAUGUCAGGAAAAGAUGUGUUUUAUUACUGUACAAGAUAUUCUUGAAAUAUCCAGAUUCUCUAAGGCCGACUUUUCCACGAUUAAAAGAAAAAUUGGAGGAUCCAGAUCCUGGUGUACAAAGUGCUGCAGUAAAUGUAAUCUGUGAGCUGGCACGGAAAAAUCCUAAAAAUUAUUUGACACUAGCACCUAUAUUUUUCAGGCUAAUGACCACUUCAUCAAAUAAUUGGAUGUUAAUUAAAAUUAUCAAACUAUUCGGUGCUUUGGUACCGCUGGAACCACGUCUUGGUAAAAAACUUUUGGUCCCCCUGACGAACCUAAUAAACAGCACAUCAGCAAUGUCAGUUUUGUAUGAAUGUAUCAAUACAGUGAUUGCUGUGUUAAUAAGUAUAUCAUCUGGUGCACCCGGUGAUCAUACUGCUAGCAUUCAGCUAUGUGUACAAAAGUUGGGUGUUCUCAUCGAAGAUUCUGAUCAAAACUUGAAGUACCUUGGCUUGCUUGCGAUGGGAAAAAUCUUACAAACACAUCCUAAAGCAGUGCAGGCACACAAAGAUAUAGUGUUAAGAUGCUUGGAUGAUAGGGAUGAAAGUAUACGGCUGAGAGUGCUUGAUCUUUUGUAUGGAAUGGUUUCAAAGCGGAAUAUCAUGGAAAUCAUACGCAAGCUAAUGGAUCAUCUUGAUGCUGCAGAAGGAUCUUAUUAUCGAGAUGAGUUGCUCUCGAGAAUUAUUGCUAUUUGCUCAUAUAACAAUUACCAAUACAUAACGAAUUUUGAAUGGUAUAUAUCUGUUUUAGUGGAAUUAACGAAAGUAGAAGGUACGAAACAUGGCUCAGUGAUUGCUGGACAGAUGUUGGAUGUAUCAGUUCGUGUCCAAUCAAUACGACAUUUUGCGGUAUCCCAGAUGGCGUUACUUAUUGAAAAUGCUCAUAUUCUUCUUGCUGGUAGUGCACAGCAUCGAAGCAGUAUGUGUGAAGUGUUGUUAGCAGCUGCAUGGAUUUGUGGGGAAUACUGCGAACAUCUAUGCAAUAUUCAAAGUGUUUUGGAAGCAAUGCUGAAAGCCAAAAUAUCAGUUAUGCCUGGCCAUAUUCUUAGCGUUUAUAUGCAGAAUAUUGCUAAGUUGUAUGCUGUGCUGCUUACGAGAGCCGAAGCAGAAAAUGAAUGGGAUGGAGUAGAUAGUUUAGAUAACUUGUUACUCUCUAAAUUACCUGAAUUUGUAUUAGCUGAUCACCUAGAAGCUCAGGAUCGUGCAUGUUCUUUAUUGGCUUUGCUAAAAAUAAUCGAGCAUUUCCAUGCAAAACAUGAAAAAGUUGGUGAAGAAUUUUCAAAACUUUUCGAGGGCGAGUUAAAUCCGGUUGCCGCAAAAGCGCAGAAGAAAGUACCGAUACCAGAAGGAUUGGAUUUGGAUACUUGGAUUCACGAAUCAGAUUUCGAAGAAGGAAGUGAGCCAGAAAAUGAAAAUUAUUUUGGUAAACAAGUCUUGCGUUCUGAAUUUACUGGGUUUGGUGGUCCUCCUAAAUAUGGCAGUGAUGAUGAUCGGAACUGUAAGAAUGAUGUUUCAAACGUUAAAGGAAAAAAUAAUGAAUUUACUGAAGAAGAACUGCAAAAACGCCUCAAGCAGCGGCAAGUGGAAAUUGAAAACAAUCCUUAUUAUAUGAAAGGAGAAAUAAAAAACAGUGCUAACAAGCGAUCAGUAAGAUCUCGUUCUGGAGUUGAAAAACCAAGUUCAACUCCCACUGACUUGCAGAGUCCUUUAGAAAUUCCUGGAGUGGUGGGACUUAACAGAUAUAUGAAACAGCAGCAGUCAACAUUGUCAUGGAAAAGUGCAAAAAAGGAAAAGAAGAAAAGGAAGAAAAAGAAUAAAUUCGUUAGAGAGAUAAGCUCGAGUGAUGAUGAUGACAUUCCAGUUAUCCAUCAAGUUAAUAGAGAAGAGGGAGAGAUGCCUGAAGACGCUAAAUCAACCGAUGAUGAAUUUGUUGAAAACAAAAAUGAUAUGGACGAAGUUUACAAAGCCUUAGAUGUUGAUUUGGAAGAACCUGUGAAAUGUGGCGAACAAGGAAGGGUUUCUCCCUCUUACAUUCAACAACGGCCUUAUAUGUUGGAUUUACUUGGUUAUUCUGGAACAGAAACCGUUAAUGGCACUAAUUCUUCUCAAGCUUACAAUUACACAGCAUCGCACUCAAAUCGAAAAAAAAAGAAGAAAGUUAGGAAAUCGGUAUGCAAAGACGUAAGGGAAAAAAAAGAAACGCGAAAAAUGCUUAGCAGUUAUGAAACUCGAUCUGUUAGAGUCAGUGACCACGAAAAUUUAGAUGUUACAAAAGCUAAAGCAACUGCCGCGAAAAGUUUGAAAAAAAUAUCAAAAACUUCAACAAAGAAAAAUGAUGACAAAUCUGGAGAUGGAAAGACGGAGCGAAAGGUUGUCGAAGAACCGUUUGAUAAAGAUGUGUACGAAACUGCUUCAGGCGUUUGCACUCCAAGCAAUCCUAAUUUGCAAUUUGUUUCUGGUUUGUUCAAUGAAACUGAAACACAGCGAGAUGAUAUUUUUUUACAUCAUCAUCACAAGAAUCAAAAGACAAAAUUGGGAUUCACUUCCUAUAAAGUACUGGGCGAAACACAAGAUUUGUUGUUGACUUAUGAAACUCGAGUAUCAACCGAUGAUGCGAAUCAAAUUGCCAUUGGAAUUGUAUUUGCUAACAAAGGAUCUAACACAAUACGUAAUUUGGAAAUGAACGUUUUAGAUACCAUUAAUACGCGUCUUUUACGUGAGGAGGGCAAAUCAUCCAUGGCUGCUAUUCCUCUUGCUUUCCAACUUCCUGCUAAUGUUUCUGCAGAACAUGUUUUUCGUUUUUCAGUCAAAGCAGUCAGUAUGCCACAGAAGUUGAGAGGCAAUUUGACAUUCUUUGUAGAUCAAGAAAAUGAAACUGUUCAGGACAAGCUAGAUUUCCACAUAUUAAUGCCGACUGUAUCCUUCCUCAUGCCGGCCACUAUUGCAAGUGAAUCAUAUGAACUUUUGUUAUUGUCAAGUGAUUUGGAAUAUAAGUCAUCUGUGCGACUUACAACUAACCUUCCAUGGAGUUUUAUUCUUAAAAAAAUUUGUUUCUUCGGACAUUUUACUGUAGUGAAAAAGCAUGAUAGAACAGCUAUGUUUUAUGCGCAUACACUGAAGGCGGAACCAGUUUGCAUUUUUGUCAAACAAAGGGGUGAAGACCUCACUAUUGAUGGUCAUUGUGGUGAUCGGCAAUUAAUUUAUGCAGUUGUUGAUGAACUGCGCGAUAUAAUUCUAUCGUGA